CGCUGCGCUGACGGGGAUUUUGACAGAGCGCCAGCAGCGGCACUAGUCUGCCGACGGGGAGACACCCAAACCUCCCGCAGCACACGGCACACGGGCGCUACGGUCGGAGGACGCCCGGUGUGUGUGUUUUUAACACGGAAUGAGGCGCGUGUUCAAACUACACUUCGCAUGUGUCCCGCUCGGUCUGGACGAUGAUCGCCUGGCGGAGUUCUUGUCCCGAGUGAUCAGGCUGAACUUUCCCGAUCCUGCUCACUGACGGUGACGGGAGCAGCGCGCCGGGAUCCGAGCGGUGGCUCGGGGUCGAGGAGGGGGGAGGGAGUGUCUGGAGCGGAGCGGAGCGGUGGAGAUGAGAUCGCCGAGGAAGCAGCGAUGAUCGACUCGGUGUGAAGUCGGGAGAGAACUUACACAACAACAACAACAACAACAAAAAGUGAUGUUUUUGGAGCGUGACGCGUCAGGGCGAGUUCACGUCGACGUCCGCUAGCCACGUUCCGAACACUCUCCCCCUCGCAGCGCACACAUCUCGACCGAGCGGCACCAUGCACGAGGUGGCCGUGGAGGAGCACGAGAGGGAGAUCUCGGCCCUGGAGCUGCAGGCGGAGAGAUCCCCGGCGGCGGCGGCGCGCGGCGUCCUGCUGGUGGUCAACCACAGCCGCGUGCACGCGCCCCUCAGCGUGGUGCUGGCCACCGUGCUCUACUGCGCCGAGUUCGUCUGCGCCGCGGUGCUCAGCUGCAUGUACCACCAGACCGGCGACGUCAUCUGGACGGGCUUCACCGUCACCUUCAUGCUGCUGCCCGCCGUGCUCAUCCAGCUGACGCUGACGUUCAUCCACAGGGACCUGGGUCGGGACCGGCCCCUGGUCCUCCUGAUGCACCUGCUGCUGCUCGGCCCCGUCGUCAGGUGUUUCCAGGCCCUUUUCGUCUAUUUCAAGUCGGGUAAGGAGGAGGAGCCCUACGUCACCAUUUCCAGGAAGAUCAACCUGACCAAGGGCCAGGGGAUGCCCAUGGAGUGGGAGAUCGGCCAGACCGAGCGCACACUGGCCACUCACAGGAACGCCUUCAAACGCACGGCGGUCAUCCAGGCGUUCCUGGGCUCCACGCCUCAACUGACGCUCCAGCUGUACGCCACCAUCCAGGAGAAAUACUUCUUCAUGCCGUCGCGAUUGGCUCUGAUGAUGAUCACCCUCAUCUCCAUCACAUACGGGGCACUCGUGUGCAGCGUGCUGGCCAUCCAGAUCCGAUACGACGACUACAAGGUGCGGUUGCGCUUCAAGGCCUACCUGUGCAUGAUCGUGUGGAGAGGCCUGGAGAUUGCCACCCGGGUCACCGCUCUGGUGUUCUUCAGCACGGCGCUCACACACUGGGUGAUCCUCGUCGGCAUGGCCAACCUGCUCUUUUUCUUCUUCCUCCCCUGGGCCGAGUUCUGGGCCAAGAAAGGCUCGCUGACCGAGAACGUGGAGAAGAACUUCUCGAAGGUGGGCACCACGGUGGUGCUGUGCAUGUUCACGCUGCUCUACGCCUGCAUCAACGUCUUCUGCUGGUCGGCGGUGCAGCUGGACCUCUCCCACCGGGAGCUCAUCGAGCGGAAGCAGCGCUGGGACCGCCUGGCCUUGUACUACUUCGGGCGCUUUCUCGAGAACUUCCUCCUCAUCACGCUCUGGUACUUCUACAAGUCGGACUUCUACGAGUACGUGUGCGCCCCGCUGCUGGCCGUCCAGCUGCUGAUCUGCUACAGCCUGGCCGUGCUCUUCAUGCUGCUCUUCUAUCAGUUCUGCCACCCCUGCAGGCGCCUCUUCAAGCACAACAUCCACGACUGCCUGCACUGCAUCUGCUGCCGCAGAGGAGGGAGCAGGGCAACGGGGAGGCGAGGGAAGCUACCUCCCUCGUACUCGACCGCUGCCACCAUGGUGCUGGUGCCGGAGGAGCCGCUGGAGCUGCUGGGCUCCCAAAACUCCCAUCCUCCCGAGGGGAGCGAGCAGGAGACUGCUAUUGUCGAAGACAUGAUGGAAGCAGCCUGACAAGGGCUUCCUGUUGAAUUAAGCUGACAAAACCCAAGAUCCCUCACGUAGAAAUGCAUCCUGGGAAUGGCAAGGCACGAUGCCGGCGCUGCAGGGUGCAUUCCUGAACGAGGCCUCGAGUCGUUUUACACAAAAAACAAAACAACUGAAUGAUUUUGUGUCGAGGAAGCGAGGUGAUGUUUUAGAGAACAAAUGUUUUUCUCUUUUUUUGUUUUAAAAAAAACUCACCCACCCAUGGUUCUGAGAGGAAUUUAAGUAAUCUCCCGAUGUCUAUAUUGAGAGUGAUCACUAUACACUUAAAAGCACCACAAGGCCCCAGUUUACCAAAGAAUGUCAUGCGUCGAGAUAAGUGGCGAUGCACACAGGUCCCCUCGAGAGAGCAGCGGUGGGUCAGGUACAGGGCCGAGCCAGGUGUGUGGGAAACGUGCCAAGUGUGUCCGACAGUGCCCGAAAGACCGACUGGGACGCUUUAAACCUCCCGGGGCCUUUCACGCCACGCAAGCCCCCUUUUGCACAUGUUUGCGUCUGCACUACACAGACUAAAACAAAAAGAUAAUUCAAAAAAAAACCAGCAGGAGGAGGAGGGCAGGAAAAGGUCUGAAGAAAAAUAAAAAGUCUUCCUCCUGCCUGACAACUGUAAUGAAAGCUCUUUGUUGUUCAUUGUCCAGUCUGACUGCCUUAAAAAGAAAAGGGUUUUAGAAAAUGUUCUGUUGAAAGGGAAUAUCAGUGUCCUUAUAAAAUAAAGUUACUCAUGACGAUGCAUUAACAGGAGUGACACCGAAUGAGCUUCUGAUUCCACACUUUGUGUUCUGCCACUGUUCGCUCAGUGCCUUGACUACUACUGUUUUACUUGAAACUGAAAUAAAAUGAUCUAAAAUGUC